CAUAACCAUUCUCAAAUGUACUGUGGAUUUAUGAUUGGUGUGUGGGGGUUCUGUAAACCUUUCUCCAUCCAUCGAAUGCCUCUGCUUCCAUCUCGCAGCAAUAAAAACGUAAAUACUGAGUAUCAGGAUAACAGCGCUGAAUAAAUUAUAUAUUCAAUCAUGGGAGAUGAAAAAUUCGAUAUGUGCGAAUAUGUCUGGAACUACGACGCGAUGCAGCGGCUCAUAUCACUCUUGCGACAAUCGCAGGCUUAUUGCACUGACAACGAAUGUCUAAAUUUUGCGAGGCUUCCAGGACCCCCAACUAAUCAGCCAUCGUCUGAUUUUUUAUUCAUGAGUCUCGCUGUGAUGACUAUACUAUUGCUGUAUGUACUGCGACCAAAUUCAUUAAAGCAGAACUCAGAUGAGAAAUCGCGUCAUAAUCCAUCUCGCCGGAAUGACGAUCCCCCUGCCCCACCACCGCCAGCAAUUCAUUAAUGCCUUCGAGAAGAAGAACAACAGUUGAUGGGAGGCGUGAUAACCAAUAGGAACUCAUCCAGCAAUUGACAAAUCUAAAUUAAAAUUGAUCAGAAACAAGUUAUAAAUAUUAAUUACAUUUCAUCUCGGAAAACCCGAACGAAGAGCUUGGAUUCGUCAAAGUUAUGUGCAUUUUCAGAUAUUCUAAUGUUGUCUUUUUCCACAUUCAUAUUUCCGCCCAACUCUGCGAUUAAAAAAAAUGAAAAAAGACAACGAAAAAAGAAGAAUAUUAAUGGAAGGUGGCGCAAACUUUAAACUUUUAUUUUUUAAUACGACUAGGACAAUUUCCCGUAAUCGAAUUAAAUUAAUCAUAAAUAUAGAUUAUGGGUUGAGAAAUUAUACAAUCGAAUAAAAAAAGGGGCUUAAGGUCCGGAUGGACUAUCUAUCGAAGGUCACUUUUGUUUAAAGUUUCUCUUUUUAGCUUAAAAUCCAUUAAAAUUUGGGAUCAAAUCCGCGUUGCGAGAAACACUUGAAUGGACAUGGAAAAAUAACGACGAAAAAGAGGACAAAUUAUUAAAGGGCGCUAAAAAGCAAUAUUGGUUAAAAUGUACAAAAUUUCGUAAAAAAAUAAUAAAAAAUACGUCGCGUACUAUUACAUAUGGCUGCCACUGAAUCUCCUGGAGAGCAAUGGUGAGCUGUCUCAUUAUUUUUUAGUAAACAUGGUAGAACCCUUUAAAACACUAUCGCUCUUUAGCGCCCUUCAAUAAAUUUUUCCUCUUUUUUUUUAUCAAUUUUUUUUUUCAAGUGCUUCCGGCAACACAAAUUUGAUCCCAAAUUUUAAUGUAUUUCAAGCUAAGAAGAUAUAAUUUAAACAAUAGAUGACGUUCGACAGAUAGCCCAUCCCGGCCUUAAUGUUGGAAAAGAGAGACAAUUUCAAGUAUUCGGAUUACUUUUUAAGUCUCGACUAAUUUUUUAAAAGAUGUAGUACUGGAUUAUUCAAUAUUAUCCAACUAAUGAAUAAUAGGUCGUUAAAAAAUAUAUUAAUGUGAAA